AUUUUUCUGAUCUUGAACUUUCAAACCUUACACGUAUGAUCUCACUAUCUUCUCUAUAAACACAAGCACAUUCUUAUAACUGGCAAAUAUCAAAUCAAUUUGAGACUAACUUGCAAUUAUCAAAUCAAUUUGAGCCAAAUCAUAAGCUAAAAAUUUUAGAAACAUGUGUUCCAUUAGAAGUUGUCCUGAACUUGACAAGCCUCAUGCAGUUUGCAUACCACAUCCUACCCAAGGUCACAUUAAUCCAAUGUUAAAGUUGGCUAAAAUCCUCAAUCACAAAGGUUUUCACAUUACUUUUGUCAACACUGAAUAUAAUCAUAGGCGUCUUCUUAAGUCUCGCGGCCCUGAUUCCCUCAAAGGGUUGUCAUCUUUUCGAUUUGAGACCAUUCCUGAUGGCCUCCCACCAUGUGAUGCCGAUUCAACUCAAGAUAUUCCUUCUUUGUGUGAAUCCACCACCAAGACUUGUUUAGUUCCUUUCAAGGAAUUGCUCGUGAAGCUCAAUCACACUUCUUCAUCUAAUGUGCCACCUGUCUCGUGCAUUGUUUCUGAUGGUUGUAUGAGCUUCACUCUAGCUGCUACUCAAGAUCUGGACAUUCCUAAUGUUUUCUUUUGGACCCCAAGUGCUUGUGGUUUAUUAUGUUACAUGCACUACCGCAAUCUUUCUGAAAAAGGAUACUUUCCACUUAAAGAUGCAAGUGACAUGACAAAUGAUUAUUUAGAGACAACUUUGGAUUGGAUACCGGGCGUGAAAGGAAUACGUUUGAGGGAUUUUCCAACUUUCAUUAGAACUACAAAUCCAGAUGAUAUUGUAUUCAACUUCCUUAUCCAAGAAACAGAUAGAAGCAAAUCUGCUUCUGCUAUUGUAAUCAACUCAUUUGAUCCAUUAGAGAAGGAAGUUCUUGAAUCACUUCAAAAACUUCUUCCUCCGAUCUACACGAUUGGUCCCCUACAUUUUCUUGUAAAACAUAUCGAGGACAAGAAUUUGGAGUGUUUGGGGUCCAAUCUUUGGAAAGAAGAUCCAAAGUGUCUAGAAUGGCUUGAUUCCAAGAAACCAAAUUCUGUUGUUUAUGUCAAUUUUGGAUGUAUUACUGUCAUGACUCAGAACCAACUUAUAGAAUUUGCAUGGGGACUUGCCAAUAGUCAGAUGGAAUUUUUGUGGAUCAUAAGGCCUGAUAUUGUAUCAGGGAAACAAGCAAUUCUUCCAUCUGAAUUCGUGGAAAAAACUAAAGAAAGAGGGAGGUUGACAAGUUGGUGCCCGCAAGAACAAGUCCUUAGCCAUGCUGCUAUUGGAGGGUUCUUGACUCACAGCGGAUGGAAUUCAACCCUCGAAAGCAUCGGCAGUGGGGUCCCAAUGAUCUGUUGGCCAUUUUUCGCUGAACAACAGACUAAUUGUUGGUUUAAAUGCACCCAAUGGGGGAUUGGAAUGGAAAUCGACAAUAAUGUGAAAAGGAACGAAGUUGAAAGUCUUGUGAUAGAAUUAAUGGUUGGCGAGAAGGGCAAAGAGAUGAAGAAGAAGGCAUUGGAAUGGAAGAAAUUGGCUGAAGAAGCUGCUCAAAAAUCAAUAGGAUCAUCUUAUGUGAAUAUAGACAAAUUGAUCAGCGAAAUUCUCCUCAAACAUUAGGUCAUAGAUUUUUAUUUUUCCUGUGUUAAGAUCUUUUUAGAUUCUUUAAUUCUUGUUUUCCUUUCUUUUUUUAUUGGGGGACGAGGGGUUUGUAUAUUAUAAAUUAGUACCGUAAUACUUUCUUUAUUCAUUUUUACUUGUCUUUGUUUCA